AUGGGUCGGAAAAAGAUUCAGAUCAAACCUAUAAGCGAUGAGAAAACUAGACUAGUUACUUUCGCAAAACGUAAAAACGGCCUUUUCAAAAAGGCGUAUGAAUUGAGUGUUUUAUGCCAAUGUGAAAUUGCGAUAAUAGUUUUCACCAAGAGUAAUCGGCUACACCAAUACGCAAGUAGGACUAUAGAUCAUGCACUCCGCAGAAGAGAAACUCACGCUCGAGCCAAUGAAUUUUGUAGCAACGCGGAUAUGGCAAGGGUGAGUGAGUUUUACCUGCCAAUGGGCGACGGAGUGGGAGCUCCCAAUAAAGACAGGUGUAGCCACUCAACGAAUGUUCGAACGUCCUUUGACGGACAUUUUAACCCUGAAAACACCAGGCUAGUCCAGAAAAGCAAUGGAGGACCUAAAAAUCCUAAUGACCCACCAACUGCAAGCAGGGCAAUGCCGGGCUGCUGCCAACGAGGUUAA